CUUGCCAUCGCCGAAGGAACAAGAGGCGCGAAAAGCGAAAAGCGCGGACACAGAAAUGAAAUCGAAUUGAAUGUGCACCGCCGUCGCGCGCACCUGUAUUGUGAAUUUUCUGUGGCGGAAAAGGCAAGAGUUACUUUUCGAUUCCGUUCUCUUGCGUGGCCAUUUUUUGCGGAAGUGUCGACAGCAUCCGUAAAUGUUUGCAGAUCUAUUCUGCUGAAUUGUUUUUAUCUUAACAGUCGUUAAGAACAACUCUGGGCCUUGGCCACAUCAAAGAAAGUUCAUCCAACAAGUGCCUGCUAAAAACUUUUUUUUAUUGACACAUGUAUUUUACAUUUUUAUAAAGCCCAUAAAAUGUGUUUAUAAAUAAAAAGUAAAUAUUUCAACGGAAAAAAAUACACUGAGAGAGUGCGGCACAGAGUAAGAGAGAGAGGCGAGAAAAUUUUCAGCGUGCGUGUGUGUGCUUAUGUGGGUAAUUGUUGAUCAAUUGUCAUGUGCAAAAAAAAUGAUGAAAACAAUAACAGCCAGCGAAAAUCAUUCAGCAUCAUCAAUGGGAAGCAUUGCAAAAUCAGCCAAGUGAAACGGAACAAAAUCGAAUAAAGCUCCAACGAAAAAACAAAACAAAACCGGAAAACGGUGAGAUUACAGUAACAAGUGGCAAACGAGCUCUAGAAUUGAGAUCUAUACAAAAGCCAAGUACAGUGAAUCAACGGUCUUUGAAAGUUAAAUAGCUUCUGGUUCUAAGUGUACUAUUGUGAAUCAUAAAUGUUGUGAAUUUCCAAGAGUAAAUCCAAUGAUAACGCUAAACCCUCAGCUGAGCAACAAGUUGAUAUUGCAAAUUCAGACUUCUGGGACCCGAAAACGAUAAAAACUCUGUUGAGAUCAAGAGUAAUAACAUUAAUAUUCCAAAGAUCCAAAAAGAGAGAGAAAAGUUCACGAAAAGCCAUAAAAUUCAUAUAGAACUGAGGUCCAAAUGGUUGACAAAUGAAUAAUAUAACUGCUGCGAAUCGAGGAGUACUGUGAACAGCAAAUUGAAACGUUCUAAGAAAGUGCUCCAUAAUUGAGGCAGGGCGUUGUCGAUAACCAACAUGGGACCUUUAUGACCUGAUGGAAUAUUUUUUAUUUCAUUUAUUAAUAUAUGCCAGACAUUGGAAAUCAGUCGAUCUGUUCGGUUAACUUGUUGGAGCACAAAACUAAACGGUAUUUUUCGUGGAACAGCUUAAGAACUGAAAUUUAAGUAAGCUAGACUUUUAACACUAUAUAAGAAGGAAAUCUCUCAGACUGUAUAGAGAAAACUUUUGGAGGCAAAAUCAAAAUUAUAAAUUGUCAGAGCUGAAGUUUGGAUGAUCGUUAACUUAUAUUAAAUCACACCAAACAUUAAAAGAAGCUGGAAACAACAUAACUUCAUGACAUUAGAGAUAUUUGAUGAUUUUUCAUAAUUAUAAACAAGCUAUUGUAGAUCGAACUUCUUCUCAAAAAAGUUUCAAUAUUAUUAAAAGAAAAGCUACAUAAUAUCUCGAUAGAUAAACAAUUUGUUGCCUUUCCCACAGAAAGCCAAUAGAAUUGUUCACCCUUAACCCAUCCAAAACUAGAAAAAAUUUCAGACUGAUAGCAUCUGAUCUCGCAGAGCAAAAGAAAACAAAGUUAUAAAAUAAGGCAAUAGCCCAUGCCACCUUUUGAAGAAGGGGAAAUCAAGGAAGAGGAGCAGAUACCUCUAAAGCCACCUCGUCGACAGAAGACAAUGAAGACUGCAGAGCAAGAAACAGCCCAGCCGCCGGCAGAGGAUCACGAAGAGGAGCAUUUGCUGCCCGCGACAGGGAUUAGCAAUCUGCGUUAUGCCCAGGCAAAUUUGAGUCAGAGCAGUUUGAUGCUAAGCCAUCAGCAGGGCUCCUUUGAAUCGUCCACCGAACGAACGGCGAGUAGUGAGACCCUGGAUGUUAUGCCGAUAUCGAGGCGAUACCAGGUGCAUCCCCAGCCGAACCGCAUGGGGAUUCGGCAGCAACCUUCGGCCUUGGCGAGCGCUCUGCAUGCCACUGCCAGAUUGGCGGCCAGUGUGGAUGCCUAUACGGCGGCGGCUACAGCCACAGCGGCAACCGGCGACUACGGCGAUCAUAUGCGCCAGAAUCCGAACCUCAGUCACAUCCACCAACAGCCCCACCAGUCCCACCAGACCACCCAGCAGCCCCUCCAACACCAUCAUCUACACCAGCUGCCCGCUCACCAACUGGGCAAUCUCAGAGCGAGCAAUUUUGUUGGGUCGUCGCGGUAUCUCUAUCACAGCCAGUUCAAUUCGAAUUCGCCGCAAACGAGACGCUUCACUGCGCAGCGAGACGGCUCGCCAGCAUUCGCGGCUUCAGCGAUAGCAGCUUCAGCGGCAGCAGCUUCAGCAGUAGCACCAAUAGCGCCACUAGCACCACUCGCACCACUAUCCUCCAUAGCAUCGCCCUCAUUUGCGGCCCAGCCGCCGCCCUUUCAGUUGCGUACCUAUCAACAGAAUCAAUCCUACCGCUUUCAGCCGCGCGGACAUCACCGCACCGCCAGCAGCAGCAUGUCGCAGUCCGGCGAGGAUCUCCACUCGCCCACGUAUCUAUCCUGGAGGAAACUUCAGCUGAGUCGGGCCAAGCUCAAGGCUUCCAGUAAGACAUCAGCCCUGCUCUCAGGAUUUGCCAUGGUGGCAAUGGUGGAGGUGCAACUGGAUCACGACACAAGUGUACCACCGGGCAUGCUGAUAGCCUUCGCCAUCUGCACCACCCUCCUGGUGGCGGUGCACAUGCUGGCCCUGAUGAUCAGCACCUGUAUCCUGCCAAACAUCGAGACGGUGUGUAAUCUACACAGUAUUUCCCUGGUCCAUGAAUCUCCGCACGAGCGUCUGCAUUGGUAUAUUGAAACGGCGUGGGCGUUCUCCACGCUACUGGGACUUAUACUCUUCUUACUAGAGAUAGCCAUCUUGUGUUGGGUGAAGUUCUAUGAUCUGAGUCCGCCGGCGGCAUGGUCAGCCUGUGUGGUCCUCAUUCCGGUAAUGAUCAUCUUCAUGGCCUUUGCCAUACACUUCUAUCGGUCUUUGGUGUCGCACAAGUAUGAGGUGACAGUUUCGGGUAUCCGAGAACUGGAGAUGCUAAAGGAGCAGAUGGAACAGGAUCAUCUGGAGCAUCAUAACAAUAUCCGAAAUAAUGGCAUGAACUAUGGCGCUUCCGGGGAUAUUGUCUAGCACGUAUAGCACGGUUCUUAGACGGUGGAUUGAACGAAAAAGACAUAGCGGCUCAGGGCAAGCCUCAGAUUAUUUUAGUGAAACACAUACACAUAUAUUGUAAAUUUGUGAUACGCGGAAGGAAGUAGAUUUCUACUAAAUGAUACGUAAACUGUAUUGCGUGUGAAUCAAGUGCUGUAGUUCUUUAUUUUUUUUAAUGGCAAUUACAAGGCACACCGGAUAUAGACAAUGAUGAAAGACCCCAAUUGAAGCAAUACUUUGGACCAAAAUGUCCGAUGAAUAUUCCUCAAAAAAUUAGCUCAUAUUUGUUAAUUAUAUAUAUUUAUUGCGUGUAAAUUUUAAAUUUUAAUGCCGUAUCCUUUUUUUUCGGAAACAUCCUUGGCAGUCUUCCCUUGUAUUGUUUAAGAAUAUUUUGGACACAACUUGAUUGUCUUAGCCCCUAAUUUUAAUGUUAGGUCAAUUAUGUAAGCGAAACCGCGCUGUAAUUUAUAUUAUAUAAUUUAUGAUUAAAUGAUUUUUCUAUA